AUGGCACCAAAGCUCAUCAGAAACUUUCGGUCCUUCAUCUGGGACUCCGAUACCCAUCUUAAGUCUCAUGAAGAGCGCAAGUUUCUUCGCAAAUUGGACUUCUCUAUCCUUACAAUAGGUUGCUUGGGGUUCUUCCUCAAGUACCUCGACCAAGGAAAUCUCGCAAAUGCCUAUGUAUCAGGAAUGCAGGAAGACCUGAAGAUGCUGGGCAACGAAUACACGUACGCCGUGACUUGCUACACCGUUGCCUAUGCUGUCAUGCAGAUCCCAUCCAAUAUCAUCAUCCAAUACAUACGCCCCUCAUACUGGCUAGCCGCCAUGGAGAUCUGCUGGGGAACAUUUACCUUCGCACAAGCAGGUGUACGAAACGUCAACAUGCUUUACGCGUUCCGCUUCUUGGUCGGCUUCUUUGAAAGCAGCUUCUUCCCAUCACUGCUAUUCGUGUUGGGGAGCUGGUACACGAAGACAGAGUUGGCGAAACGAAUCGCAAUCUUUCAUAUGACGGCACCAGUGGGGACUGCAUUUGGAGGCUAUUUGCAAGCUGCUGUGUACGAAAGUCUGGACGGGCAUCAUGGGCUUGCUGGGUGGAGAUGGCUGUACAUUGUUUGUGGCUGUAUGACGGUGCCUGUAGGCUUUAUGACGUGGUUCAUUCUACCCGAUACACCGUACACGACAAAAUCCUGGUUCCUCAGUGAAGAAGAGAAACAGCUAGCAAUUGAGCGCGUUCGCGAAGCAGGCAAAGCUGCACCAGCACCGCUGACAUUCGCCACGUUCAAGGUUAUCCUCACGCGCUGGCGUUGGUACGCAUUCGUUUUGGGCUAUGUUCUGUACGGCUCCUCCUGCGCUGCGGGCGACUACUUCGGCAUCUGGCUAAAGAGCGAAAACUUUUCGGUGGUGGAUCGUAACAUCAUACCGACGGGCUCCAAACUUAUAUCCGGCUUUUGCGUCGUGCUUUGGGGCUUCCUUUCGGAUUAUACGGGCAGUCGAUUUGCGCUGGUCCUAUGCCCGCUCAUGUAUGGGCUGAUUCCGAACGGUAUACUUGCGUUCUGGCCGACUAGUCAGGGAGUGAAGAUGUUCGCUUUCAUGACAACAGGAGUGCAGCUCAUGACGGCGAUCUUCUAUGCUUGGGCGAACGAAGUGUGCGCCGACAAUAACGAAGAGCGGGCGAUUGUCAUAAGCAGUAUGAAUGGCUUUCAGUAUGCUGUGGCUGCAUGGCUGCCGAUAGUGAUAUUUCCACAGACCAUGGCUCCGACCUUCAGAUACGGCUUUCCGGCAACUUGGGGGUUGGCUAUCGCGGCUCUGAUCGCGAUCGUAGGUAUACAGAUGCUACACACGAGAGAACAGCGAAAGAAGCAACACAACGAAUCGACUGUCGAGCAUGGAAGCUUUGAUGAUAGUGGCGAAGAGACUGGCGAAGUUGGAAGCAAAGCGGACGAUAGCAACAUUCGUGAGAGCAAGUCGAUCUAA